UGUUUUGCGCGACGACCUGCACGAUCCUUGCCUCGUGCGAUUUGGCAGCAAUGCGUGCGCCUUAAAUUAGACGUGAGAUCGUUGCUGAUGACUUCAUAGAGAGGCUGUGCGCUCCUGCCGUUUACAACAACAGUCACUCUUUCUGAUCUUCUAGCACUCGACCCACGCGCCUUCCUGCUGUUGCAGUCUACUCCUCGCGCUUGUUCAACGAUACCUUGAGCCACCAUGUCCAACGCGCCUAGUAACUGCUCGGUCGUCCCAGACGCCGUCCAGACUGAUGCGGGAGUGGCGGGGGCUGGCACCCUGCUCUCAUUCAUCAUCACGAACUUCAUUUCCUUAUUCCUGAGUGCCACAAUCAUUCUCCUCGGCCUGCGCAAGUCGACCUCGGCGCCAGUAUGUCGCAGGCUCUUGCAGUCCUUCUCAGACCAGCAGAUCGUAACCGGUAUUGGCAUCCAGUCCAUCGGCCUGGCGAAGAUGCAUUCGAUGGUGUCGUACCACUUCUUCAUCAUCUGGCUGCUCUCACUGCUGUCCACGGCCACGAACCUGGCGACGCUGCUCGCCCUGGUCAACGACUUUAGACGUGAUUGGGUACUGCGAUGGCUACGACAGUUUUUCAUGCUCGUCAAUCUCUUCCUCGGCGUCCUGUCUGGCAUCUUCAUCCUCCAGUCCGUGACGAAGAACCUGGAACCUCGACUACCUAUCGCCUGUGUCUGGGAAGUCGAGAGCCGCGGAACCUCAUCCAACACAGCGCUUAGUAUUGCUGGCACCAUUGCAGUCAUUGCCGCUCAGGGCAUCGUUUUCAUCUUGUCAACCUGGUACCUGCACAACCGCGCCAACCCAGCUUGGCUCAAGACUGUCCAGGUUGUCGGACUGUUCGUGCUCCUGGCCAUGGGUGUCGGAGCUACGGUCCGUGUCAUCAUGGUCUCGCAGGCUUUUGGCAAUCCGCCCGCAGCGCUGAACCUUCAGGGUACGAGUGAGAAGUUUUGGAGCUACGGCCAGCUACUUCCUCUGCUGCUGUUGGUGAUGCCUCUCAUCAGCAUCCUUGAGGUGAUCAGAGGCGAGACAAGGAUGCCGCCCAGCAGAGUGGACGACGACACUGCGCCUUUAUUCGCGAACGAUAUGGAGUUCCAGCCGAAUCCCCUGAUCGGUAGUGCUAACAGCCUGUUCCGGAAGUGACCCGGUCCCUAUCAGCGUUCGUUAUUCCACAGUGCUAGAAAUCGCUGCAAUCAGAAACAUAUACUACAUUGCGAG